AUGUACCGCCGCGUCACUAGCAUUGCGGUGACCGCCGCGGCGGUAGCCACGCAGGCGCGUCGUAUUUCAGAAUACAAGUUUGGUCAAGCGCCACUGUCGAUGGUGUGGAAUGGCUCCACACGCAUGACGCCAGCAGGAGAAACAGCAGCAAGGGCUGCGACAAGGUCUGACUGUAAAGUGAAGGUGUCGCAGCUGCACAACGGUGCACGUGUGAUUACGCAGCAUCUUGACGGAGCGGUGGUGUCUGUUGGUGCUUACAUCCUCGCGGGACCAGUGUACGAUCCUAUUGGCUGCCCAGGUGUGCACCACAUGCUGCAUCUCGCGCUGACGACGAGUAACUACAACAACUCUCUCUUCCAGCUUGACCGCAGCAUCCGCAGUACAGGCGCCGCAUUUUCGCACUUUGAAAAGGACAAGCACUACAUUGGUCUUCGCCUUGACGCCCGCGUUGACAUGUGGAAGAGCCAAAGAGACGGCAAGAAGGGCAAUCGCGAUCACUUCAAUCUAAACCUCGUGCAGGAUACCAUCUUCACGGCGCUCGCCGCCCCGCGGUUUCACGAGGCUGACAUUGAACGCUUCCGUGACACCAUCGACAACAAUUUAAAGGAACUGCGGUGGCAGCACCCUGCGCAGUACGCAAUUCAGCGGCUGGAGACAGUGGCUUUCUACAAGGAGCCGCUCGGAAACCCGCGGCACGUGCCGGAGAACAACAACGGUCACAUCACCAGUAAGGUGCUCCUGGAUCAGUACGCCAAGUACGUGACACCUGAACGUAUUGUCAUUGCUGGUGUGAACGUUGACCAUGGUGAGCUCAUCGCGGAGUAUGAAAACACACCUUUCCCGCAUUCCAGCAGUGCCCCACACCACGCCGCUUUCGCAGCGCAGAGCAGCUCACCUGUCUUUGACGUGAGCAGUGAGCGGCUGCAGUACACGGGUGGUGAGCGUCAUGACCACGAAAACCGCCCCAAGGAGAUGGGUACGAAGCCCGAUAUGGACAAUGAAACAAUUGUUGCCGUUGGUUACCUUUCGUUUGGUCGCGCAAAGGUGUCUAUCAAGCAGUACGCCGCCAGUCUGGUGUACCAGCAGCUUUACAACAUCGCCAUUCAGGACGGCGUGCGCUACGAGAGGAGCGGGUCAAGCGAAGGAGUGCGCUCCUUCUACCUACCGUACCAGAGCGCCGGCCUCAUUGGCUUCACGGCACGGGCAGAACCUGGGGACAUUGUGAAGAUGACAACAACAGCAAUGCGGAACAUGCAGUCUCUCAAGAUUGACGACACAGCAGCAGUGGAGACGGCGAAGCAUCGUGCUGCAGUGGAGGCGAACAGCCAGAACUGGGAUACGAUUCGCGACCUCUGCGACUACAUGGGCACUAGCCUCUCGCUCUCGGCGAAGGGGCCGAACGCUACGCAGUACACAAGUCCCGAGGAGGUGCUCGACGCCAUCCGCGCCGUGACGCCGGAAGAUCUUAAGCAGGUGAAGGAGUGCGCCAUGGGUUCAAAGCCAUCCCUGUAUGGGCAUGGCGAGAUAUUAACAUUCCCGUCUCUACGGCAGUUGGGCUUCUGA